UAGUUUUGCUGCCCAAAUUCGAAUCGGCAGGAUACCCCGCCACAGCUCCUACAAGCACCUUCCCUCUGGUUUUUUUUCUUUGGCCGAAUCUUUUGGUGCGUGGAUUUUAUUGUUUUCUUGCUUCGUCAAAUUGGAAGCCCGCCCUUUUCAGAACGAAAGAGAUUUGGUUUGGGUGCUUAAUCAUAAUGACUGAAAGGGAGCCCUCUGGUGGGAACAGUAAAUCUAGGUCUGUCCUGGGUGAUCUCACGGAUAGGACUGGCACAAGGAGAAUUCCCAGGAAUGAAAAACGUGUCGAUCGUAAUGAUAAGGAUGGAGUCAAGCGCAUCCGACUUUCGCCUGGAAUUCGUACUGAGAUGGAAUCUUUUAAAGGAGACGUUGUUCCUGCUACUUCAGAUGAAAAUAGGAACCCUAAUUUGCAAUGUUUGGUCAAUAGCAAUGCUGCUUCUAGGCGUUCAGUGCAUUUGGAUCUGAAUUCCGAUGGUAGCAAUGACUUGAACGGGGAGAAUGUUGUUACAAGGAGGAGCUCAAAAGUUCAUGGUGAUAAUGAUGGACCUAUGACUUCAGGUAUCGAUGGAGGGCCGUCAAAGAUUAUUGUUUUAGACAGAUCCAGCACCUACAGAGAGAGACUCCAAAGAAGGAAGUACCAAAGCAACAACGAAAGAAAGAGUAAUCAACCAUAUGCAACACUCAUGUCCCAGGAAUCCGGGGGUACAAGCACUGGAGGAAAAGCCGGCAAUGUUGCAAUCAUCGGUCGUGAUGAAAGGAGUGAGUCCCAAACUGUUGGUUUAAGUGCGGUUCGUGAUUGUGGCAAGACUGAUCUUUUGAAGAAUGUUUUUUCAUCAAUGAAAGAUAAAACUGAUAGUAAGGAUGCCACUGUAGCUGAGGGUUGCAGUGAACUACAUUCGUCUAAGGGGAAUAUGCUCCAGGGAACUUCUGAACUAGUAUUGGGGAAUAAUAGGCCCAAGAUGGGAUUUAAUGUUCGAGAAACCAAUGGAGGAAACAAUCUGAAUUUUGUAGAUCUUGGGAGGGGCAAUCCUCCUCAGUGUAUGGAUGUCAGAGCUAAUGCUGAGCAGCAUGACAGAUUUGCUGCUGGUAGCUCAACGAGUGCCAAAAAUCGUAUCACUGGCAAAGAGAUCAGAAGUCUGGAAGCCAGACAAAGUGAAGUAAAUUUUGAUCUAAAUGCAGAUAAUUUGAUCAUGAGUCAGUCCAGCUCGUGUGACCCUGAAACCAUUGGGGCAGUUGGACUGGAUAGAUCCUCUGAGAAGGGGGACUGUGUUCAUAUCAGUGGGGGUACUGAAUCGAUCAGAGGAUGUUCUUGUUCUUUUUGUGCUAAAGCUGCACAUAUAUGGUUGGACCUCCAUCAAGAAGACAUCGAGGGCCGAGUAUCAGUUGUAAGAAAGAGCCAGAGGGAUGCGGCGCUGCUGGCUGAAAAAAGCUGUGGGAGUAGUAGUAAUGCUAGUGAUGAAAGAAUGACUGGAGGAAUUGAGAAGAUGCAAUCUCAUUUGAUGAAUCAAUGGAGAUGCCUGUUUCAAGGCAUGGCCGGCAUUUGGAAGGAAGAAGGCAAUCACCUUGAAGCUAGUUUGCAACCGCUGGUGGAGCUGAGGGAGAAAUGCAGAACAAAUAUGAAGUCUUCGAAGCUCUCAUCCAAAGAAGUUGAGCAUCAAGCAAGCAAGAAAGACAUAAGUAAGUAAGUAAGUUUAGAUGAAAUGGAUCAUGAUUUGGUAGCAAUUCACUCUACCUUCUUGUGUCAUUUUUUGUCCAAAAUUCGCUAUCUUCUUGUUUGUUGUCUCGACCCUCCUACAGUUCCAUCAUUAUAUCCUCAUUGUUAAUACUACUAUUAAGCUUUGGAGAUUAAUUUUGAUUUUUUGGAAAGCCAACGUGUUGUAGCAGUAGCAAACCAAUAAAAAAGAAACCAUCAAACCAAGCUACUAAAAGUUGUUACUAUAUAUAUGACUUAAUGAGUGUUGGGAUCUUAAUUACUAAGUGUUAUGCAUAUGGAAGUUUUUAAAAUACUUAGGAUUCUGUAUACUUACAUGUAGUAUUAUUUAU